UAUAAGCCUUUCGCACACCAAUAAAAUAUUAUCCUCUUAUUCCCAUCUUUACUUUACAAUCAUGAAUGUUGCUCUGUUCUUCAUCGGCCUUUUUACCGUUACUUUAGCUGAAGAUAUUCAGCUAAGCCCGGAUCAGGAGGAAGAAGCUAGAUUUGCACUUCAGAAUCCUGACCUAUACGAUGGUGACAUGGCUGGUAUUGACGGAGCCUUUGACGUUGAGAGAAAUGCGAUCGCUGGUGAUAGAUAUAGGUGGCCAAAUGCACAAGUUCCUUACAUCAUUGAUGCUUCCUUAAGUGAUAAGGCAGAUUUAAUUAAGAGAGGAAUGAAUGAUUACCAUAAGAACACUUGCGUCAAAUUUGUUCCCAGAACAACUGAAGCCAACUAUGUAAAGAUAUUCAAGGGCCAAGGGUGUUAUUCUUAUGUGGGAAAAAUCAACGGCCAACAAGCAUUGUCUCUUGGUAACGGAUGCCACUACGUAGGCACAGUCGUUCACGAGUUGGGACAUGCCCUUGGAUUCUUCCACGAGCAGAGCAGAUCAGACAGAGAUGAGCAUUUGAUCAUCUACCUUGAAAAUGUGUCAAAAAGCAUGCAGUCUAACUUCCAAAAGCUUAGACCUCAGCAGAACAUUUUGUACAAUACUUUUGAUCACAAUUCCAUUAUGAUCUACGGCAACAAGGCUUUCUCCAUGAACGGUAAAGACACGAUGGUAGCCAGAAAUGGACAGAAAUUGACAGAACCGUACAGCAAGCAAGGAAUGACUAAGAAUGAUAUCGAAAGAGUUAAUAAAAUGUACAAAUGUUAAAUUAGAUUAAUAAAUGAUAAAGGGGAAUAA